CUCCAGGCUGUUCUGUUCUUUCGGUGGCUGGAGGAUGGGGAUACCUGGAAUAUAAACCCCUUGCCCUGGCCUUGUGUCCCGGUGGCAGAUGCUGCUGCGCUGUCACCAGGGGGAGCCGCGUCCUUGGCGUCCAGGUCGGCUGGGCCCCAAUGGGCAGCCGUGUUCCCUGGGACUGUUGUCCCCCUGUGUCAGCUAGUGCCUACCCUGCUCUGGGAGCACCAUCUGUGCUCCAGCAGAACAGGGAGCUGAGCAGGACUCAGGGUCUUCACCAGGCCAUUCCUCUCCCACAACUGUGAAAGGAAGAAGGGCGCAUAGACGCUGCUUGGUCAGUGGUGGGACCCUCUUGCUGCGUGUUGGGGAUCUGGAACUCAAGGCUGCCCCAGGCUGGGUCCCUUAGAGGAGGGGCUGACAGCGGACCUGCCCUUCCCACCAGCCCCUGACAUCCAACUUCUCCCUACCAGGAGCCCCAGGCCAGGACCUAGUGGGUGCAUGGUCAUAACUAGUGAUCACCCAGGCACGACCCCUCCUUCCACCCAUGCUGGUUCCUUCUCUUUCACCUGCUGGUGGCCUCAGGGCCCCUGGCUGAGGGGAGGCGGGGGCCAGUGGACAAGACGCUCUGGUCCCUUGGUAACAGGUGUGCAUGUGCCAGCCCUCUCUGCCCCUAGGCCUUUCUUAGCCAACCUCCCAUGCACACAUCAUCCCGCAGUCGCUGCCAUGGUCUCCAUUUCCUGUAAGAAGCAAGCGAGGUCUCGCUGUGGACAAGGCUGAUUCCAGUUGGCGAUUUUUACCUCUGGGGGCCUGGUGCUGUGUGCAUGCGUGUGGCGGGUGGCCGGGACAGUACAAGGACUUCUUGAUGGUGGUGGCUGGCUCCAAAUGGAGACACUGGGGUGUAACGAGAUCAGAUAAGCACGUAGGCCAGGAGCUAAGAAUAGGAUUGAGCACAGGUUCCUGGCUCAGGUAGGGGCACGUCACUGCCAGCAAAGAAGUCACCGGCAGCAGCCAGAGAAUGGAGCCCGGGCUGGGAGAGCGGGGCCAGGACCCAGGGUUCCAGGGAGGGGGCAGAGUCCAGCUCAGCUCAUAAGCAGAGCUGAUAGCAGUCGUUAGGGGAGAGGGCAAGGGUUAGGACCCAGGGCACUGAGAGCCCAGGGCCAGGAGGCGAGCUCCGUGCUUGGUGCUUGGAGGAAGCCCCGUCUGGCCCUAUGGCCUUCCUGGUGGCUGGGACCCUGCGGCUGGCCAUGCAGAUGGCAGACACUCAAGACAGCCUGGGGAGAAAGGUAGCAGGAGGCACCGCCUGGCCCAGCUGCUCCUGCCUCCCAGCUGAGCCCCAGCCCAGCCCAGCUCUGGCCUUGCCUCCCCAGGGGAAGUAUGACGUCCAGGGUCCAAGGGCAGCCCUGAUGCUCAGCAGCCCUGGGGUGGUGGCCGCUGCAGUCACUGCCCUGGAGGACGUGUUCCAGGCCCUGGGCUUUGAGAGCUGCGAGAGGAGGGAGGUCCCGGUCCAGGGCUUCCUCAAGGAGCUGGCUUGGUUCCAGAAGCAGCUGGAUGCCCACGGACGCCCUGUGGGGUGUGCCUUAGUGGCCUUGGUGGCCCCCAGAGGGCAGCUGAGGCAGCCACAGCAGCUGGUCCGGGAGCUGAGCAGCUGCCGGGCCCUGCGGGGCUGCCCCAAAGUCUUCCUGCUGCUCUCGAGUGGCCCUGGGUCCUCCCUGGAGCCUGGAGCCUUCCUUGCUGGCCUGAGAGAGCUGUGUGGCCACUCUCCUUGCUGGUCCCUGGUGCAGCUGCUGACGGAGCUCUUCCGCAGGGUGGCUGAAGAGUCCACAGGGGGCACCUGCUGCCCCGUCCUUCGGAGCUCCUUGCGGGGGGCACUGUGCCUGGGAGGUGUGGAGCCCUGGAGGCCUGAGCCGGCCCCCGGUCCCAGCACACAGUAUGACCUGUCCAAGGCCAGGGCUGCCCUCCUCCUGGCUGUGAUCCAAGGCCGGCCUGGGGCCCAGCAUGACGUGGAGGCGCUGGGGGGCCUGUGCCGGGCCCUGGGCUUUGAGACCACCGUGAGAACGGACCCUACAGCCCAGGUGAGGGGAUGCCGAGAACUUCCGCUGGUGCUCUGAAGGAAGACCACCUCUCCCUAGGAACCCGGGGCCUCUCUCCAUCACUGGCAGGAAGUGCGCCACAAGUCUAGCCUCUGUGCUCCCUUUGCCUGCAUCUGGCCCAUCACUUCCCAGCCUCUGGAAGCCUGGUCUCCAGGGUCCCCGAGGCCUCCCUCAUUGGCUGCUUCUCUGGCCCCCCCGCCCCCUCCAGCUCAAAGCUUUAGCUCCAAGUCUUGGUUUCUCUCUUGGCUCCCAGCAGCCCACUCCGCUCUCCUCACACCUCUCAACUUCUUGGUGCAGCUUCCCCACGAGGGCAGGAGGAGAACUGGCUCCAGGAAGCUGGGUCUGUAUGUCACCUCUAAAGAGGCCAUGCCAAGGCCUUGCAGGAGGGAGUUAGAAAAGGGCUUCUGGCCGGGCGCAGCGGCUCAUG